AUGUCUCCUACCUAUGGGAAAGUAGUUGUGAGCGACUCUGGGGUAGAGCUCGCAUACACCGAUAGCGGAGCGCUCGAGACCAAGUCAACACCCUACACGACCGCUAUUGCCAUUCAUGGGAUGUUUUUCGCCGCACCGGUUUUUGAGAAGGUCCAAGCAUGUGCAGCGGGGAAAGGAGUCCGUAUAAUUGCCCUCAACCGACGCAACUAUUCUGGAUCUACCCCAUAUUCACCGGAGGAGUUCAAUAUCCUUGUCAAUGGCUCGGACGAAGAGAAGCACAGCUGGCUUAGGGAACGUGGUCAUGAGAUUGCCAGAUUUAUUGUCGCAUUGAUUAAGGCAAAAAACCUUCCCAAGCUUUCUGAAGAUGGUAAAACCGGAGGCAUCGUUCUCAUUGGAUGGUCGGUUGGUGCGGGAGAGGCUAAUGCUGUCAUCGCUCACGCCGAUACCCUUCCUUCUGAGAUGCGCUCUGUCUUGGCUUCAUAUCUCCGGGGAUUAAUCUUACACGAGGCUGCACCUCUUAUUUACGGAUUGCCUAUGCCCGAGAAAAAUUGGGCACCUUUUGCUGUUGAAAGUAUCCCUCCUGAACAACGUUUCCCGUACUUCAACCAGUGGGUUACAGCAUACUUCGACCAUGACGAUCUCUCCAAGAAAGAUCUCAAUACCCUGGAAUACGUUCUUCCCUCGUCUUCACGUCCUGGCUCCAUCUUUAGCAUGUCGAAGGCCGAGCAACAAGGAAUGAUUGGAUCCAAUGAGGAGUCUGCCGGAGAUGCACCGUAUAUCAUGGGCUUCACUCCCCAAUUGAACGCAGUCUUCCGUAAAGUUUUGUUUGACCCGUCCACCAAGGCACUAUUCCCAAAAAUGAAGAUAUCUUUCCUUGCUGGCGAGAAAUCGGCGGCUUUUGGCAUUGCGGGUGUAUGGGCGGCGCAGGAAGAAGCCACGAAAGAAGGGAUCGUAAAUUCCAUUAAUUUCAACAUUGCUCCUGGUCUUAACCAUUUCGCCCACUGGGAUGCUCCCGAAGCCACGGUAGAUUUAUACCUCCAGCUAACAGAUACUGCCCUUCUUAGACCAAUCUAUGCAAGACCUGCGAAGACCCAGCGCCGUUUUACACGGCAAUUAUCCAAGUUCUUUAUGCUGAGAAGUACUGUGACUGCGCAAAACUGA